AUGACUUUAGAGCUUCACAUCUGGGGCCCGGCAUUUUCCUUGCCAUCAAUUGAUGCGCAAUGCCUCGCGGCCAUUGCAUACCUUACACAAGCUGUGCCAAAGGAUCAUUGGGUUCUCGUAGCCAGCAGUGAUCCAUCAUUAAGUCCUACGAGAGAACUUCCCGUCCUCAAAGACGGACCAACAUGCAUCAGCGGUUUUCGCAACAUAAUCGACUACCUCCGACAAUGCAAUGGCGAAUGGUAUCUUGACAGAAAGCUCGAUGCGCAACAAAAGGCGGACUGCACAGCAUUCACAUCUUUUAUCGAAUCGAACGGUCAACCGCUCGUCGAUCUCUCUCUCUACGUUUCAACGGAAAACUACACCGGCGUGACACGAUCAGCCUACAGCUCCAUCCUGCCGUGGCCCACACAAUACAUUACCCCACCACGCCGCCGCGCGGCCGCAAAAGCACGAACAGCCCACCUCGGCCUCUCCUCUCUUGACCUGGACACGGCGGCAGACGAGACCAACAAUCCUUCUCAAGCAUCUGGCACCGCCGCGGGCACCCCAGGCCAAACUGAGCAGCAGAUACCAACAAGUCUCCUGCGCAAGCCCAAAGAAACAGUCACACGACUGCUCCGACAACCCCACUACGCCAACCGAUUCCGGCUCGACGCAUUGACGACCGCAUUCUUCGAGCCACUCCAAACGCUUCUCGGGAAGAAGAAAUUCCUCCUCACAAACGAGUCCGAGGGCCCUACGAGCCUCGACUGCGUCGCGCUCGCGUAUCUCUCUCUGGCACUGUACGCUGAACUUCCACACGCAUGGCUUGCCGACGCUCUGCGCAACAAAUUCGGCAGACUCGCCGCCUACACGCACAAUCUACGCCGUCUGUUCUUUGGCGCAAGAACAGUAUCUCCAUCCGAUGCAUUAGCCUCACCUGUCCCUUCUUCAAACUCCCAAGCUGCACCACCAUCAGCAUCAAGAACCACAUCCCCAUCUUACUCUUCCUCCUCCCCUACCGAUCCCACAUCUCCCUCCUCCACAACCGCCCUUCCAUUCGUCGCCCCUUCUCAAGGCGGCCUUCUCUCCAUCGGCAGCCUUCUUCUCAGCAACAUUGCCGACUCCCUCCCCAUUGUCGGCCAAUUCCGCGCGACAAACCGCCUCCGCGCCGCCGCUGCGGCCGAAGAGGCAGCUGAUCCCAGUGAAGUCGAAUUCUUCAACAACAUGAUGCGUCGCGCGCGCUGGGAGGUCGUUACGCAGGCACUUACCGUUGCGGCAGGUGUUUCGGCCUUUGUCGUCUACAUGCUUUACCACGGCAUUGUCAUUCUCCCUGGCUCUUCUCCUUCUCCUUCUUCUUCUUCUUCUUCCUGGCUCGGCCACGGCGACGAGCACGACGAAGAAUACUACGAAGGCCCCGAAGACGAGGACGCAGACGAAGACCAAACCGCUUAUGCUACGCUCCAAGGGCAAUCCCGAUUAGACAAUAUGGGCGACGCGGGCGCCGCCUUGGCGGCACUCAUGAAUUAUGAUAUUCCUGAUGAUUUGCUGCAUGGGGGUGGCGGUGCUGGGGCCGGUGGUCAUCCAGAAGACUCCGCAUCCCAUUCGUCAUCAACAGGUGUGGAGCGUGAUGAUGAUGGCGACCACGGACCGCAUCCCUCGCGACAAGUGGACGGCAGCGUCGCCGCAACGGACCAUCCCGCGCCCGGAGUGGAUGUAGAUGUUCACGUCCAGCCAGACAGGCCAUGAAAGACAAGCUGUGUAUGUAUUUGUGUCGAGGCUCGUCUAUUGGGCGUUUUUAUUUCCAUUUACUCUUGGCUGGAGAUGUCUUGUAGUAGUACUGUACGAAAUGAUUUUGUACUCUAUCAAUGCCAUAUUGUAAGAUAUUUACCACGCUUGUGUACUGUUCCGGUAAUACGGUAUACUUAUAGAAAAAGUAGCUGUGUGCGUUUAUCAAUGAGAGGAAAAG